AGGCUCAGACCCUCGCCUGCUGUGUGGGCAAGAGGGUAGGAGAAGGAUCCAGAGAGAGCAGGAGGAGGAGAAGGAGGUGGAGGAGGACGCUCAGGCGGAGCAGGUGGUGUGGCCCGCAUGCAGUGGGGCGAGCACGUACGCAGCAUUGCACGAGAUGAUUGUUUCCACGUCGGCGGCUUCUGUCGGCUCCGUCGCGCUUGUCGCUCUCCGCGUGUCUUCUCCGCGGAGGGCAUGAACUGUGUCCACGUCGGCGGCUUUCCGCGGCUCCGCCGAGCUUGUCGCACUCCGCUUGUCUUCUCCGAGGAGCGCAUGCACGGCAACCUGCAUCGGGGUUCGAUCCGUUGUCUCUCGCUUCUACCGCAGUGUCUCUUGUGUUUGCCCCCACGGCAGCUUCCAUCACUACGGGAGAGUAGGAGUAUACAGGAGUAGGAGAGAGAGAAGAGGAGAGAGAGGAUAUGGCGAUCGGGGCGGUGGCGUCGUCGUCUUCGGCGGUGGGUGUGGCGGGCGGAGUAGCCUGCGCGCGCCAGUGCCACGUGUCGUCCUGUCAAUCGAGCAAGGGGAAAGGUUUUAUGCUAGAAGUGGUUGGGGGAGAUGGAGGUGGAGGUGGCAGGGUAGACAGCGUGCGGAGGCUGCAUGUGAUCGGCGGCGGGCGGCCGGUGGGGGAAACAGUGGCAGUAGCGGCAGCGGCCGAGGCGGCGGGGAAGAGGAGUAGCCGGGGGGUCGUGCGCGCGUGUCCCUCCCUCUCCCGCGUGCGGACGCGGAGCACUGGCCGCCCUGCCGUGCACACGUGUCGUUUGUCGGGGAGAGGAGGCAGCGUUGGGUUCGAUGGAGAAAGCGCGGGAGGAGGUAGUUGGAGCAGGAGCGCCUUCAUGGGCGGCGGCGGCAGCGGGGGGAGCGCGGCUCUUCGGCUGGGGUUGUCGCACUCCGCAGCGCGCCGAGGUGGGCGGCGCGUACCCGGUCCUGGCGGGGGACCAGGUGCUCGACCUCGUGGGGUCCAGGUGCGGGCGGAGAAGGACUACUACGAUGUCCUGGGCGUCGGGCGCGGCGCCGACAAGGCGGAGAUCAAGAGCGCUUAUCGGCGCUUGGCGCGCAAGUAUCACCCCGAUGUCAACAAGGAGGCCGGCGCAGAGCAGCGCUUCAAGGAGAUCAGCAACGCGUACGAGGUGUUGGCCGAUGACGAGAAGCGGUCGUUGUAUGACCGAUUCGGGGAGGCGGGAGUGAAGGGGGCGGCGGGGAUGGGCGGAGCCGGGAUGGAUUUCUCCAACCCCUUCGACAUUUUCGAGACCUUUUUUGGCGGCAUGGGCGGAAUGGGCGGGGGCGCGGCGGGGAGAGCGGCGCGCAAUCGUCCGACCCAGGGGGACGACGAGCGCUACGACAUCACGCUCGACUUUAGAGAAGCGGUCUUUGGCGCCGACAAGGAGAUCGAGUGCGCGCGCCUGGAGUCCUGCGCGACCUGCAGCGGGUCGGGAGCCCGACCGGGCACCACCCCCUCCACCUGCUCCACCUGCGGCGGACAAGGUCAAGUGGUGACGUCAACGCAAACUCCGCUGGGCAGCUUCCAGCAGGUCUCGACCUGUCCGCAGUGCAAGGGGACGGGCGAGAUCUCGACGCCGUGCGUGACCUGCGGGGGGGACGGCAGAGUGCGGAAGACGAAGCGCAUCAGCCUGAAGGUGCCUGCUGGCGUGGACUCGGGGAGCAGGCUGAGAGUCCGAGGUGAGGGCAAUGCGGGGAGGAGAGGUGGUCCCCCCGGUGAUCUGUACGUGUUCAUCAAUGUGCGCUCAGAUCCCGAGCUAAAGAGAGACGGCGACAACAUCUUGGUGAGCGUGAAGGUUCCGUACACGGAGGCCAUCCUUGGGACCAUCGUGAAGGUCCCAACCGUCGACGGACAAGUUGAUCUUAAGGUUCCCUCUGGUACCCAGCCUGGUACCACCCUGGUUAUGGCCAAAAGGGGGGUGCCUAUGCUGGGUAAACCCUCCCUCAGGGGUGAUCAGCUGGUGAAGGUGCAAGUGGAAAUCCCCAGACGUCUCAGCAGCGACGAGAGGAAGCUUGUGGAACAGCUGGCGGCGCUGAGCAAGCCGUCCACGUCGUCGGCUUCUACGACUAGCUCAAAGAAAACGGCCAACUCGUCGAAAAGAAGGUGAAAGUGACGGGAACAUUCUUUUCUCUUUCUCUGCUAGUUGAUUGAUUAGAGGUGCUAGUUGAUUGAUUAGAGGUGCUAGGUGAUUGAUUAGACUUGUCCGGAAGAAUGUGACGGAUGGCGAACGGGGGGAAAAUGUGGAAGCUGAGUCUGGGACAAGGCAAAGGAGCAGUGAGGAGGAGAGGGGAGGGGGGAAGGUGAAGUUGGGAGAUGAGCGUGUAUGUAGAACCAGCCGCUAGACGGGGGGUCAUUCAGAAGGAGGGAAACACAUGGCAUCGAUGAAAGUUUGAUGAGGGUUUCAUGAAAGUUUGAUUGUAUGGUGGUUCGUGCAGGGAGGGAGGAUUGGGUGAAUGACUCUCCUUGACUGAUGCUGAGUCAGCGCCUAAUUAGUCGGAUUAGCUCUCUCUCUCUCUCUCUCUUUCUCUGCAUGGGACGGAGGGGGGAGUGGUGGAUGGGGUGCAUAACUCGUUCGGGAUAUGAGAUGAGUGUUAUAACUUACCCAAAUUGGGAGUCGGAGGGGAUUGAUCUCGUCUUUUGCUUGUCCUAGUCAGGGCUAAUGUGUUAGGCUGGAUGGGGGGAGGAGCUGGGAGAAAGGGGGGAGGGGGGAGGAAAGGGUGGAAGGGCAUAGUGUUGACGAUGACGGGAGCGGUGGUAGGGGUUGAGAUUACGUUCAUUUGUAUUAGUCGUACGUAUAUCGGGUAGCUUGGCGAACAUUCAGCAAUGUAACAAGCAUAUGACCUACACACACAAGAGAGAGAGAGAGAGAGAGAGAGAGAGAGGAAUGAGUGUUGGAGGAUGUUGUUGAACAAGGAAACACGAGGAGAGGGAAGGUGGUCAAAUGUAGAUUGGCGCACGGAGAGAGAGAGAGAGAGAGAGAGAGAGAGAGAGAGAGAGAGAGAGAGAGAGAGAGAGAGAGAGAGAGAGAGAGGAUUGUGAAGUCCUCAGGUAUGAGGGAUGGACAGAGAAUUUUCUCUUUUUUGGUUCCCCUUUUUCCGACUUUUCGGCAUCAUCUUCUUAAAAAAAUCUUCGGGCUGGCACAAGUUCAAGGCGCUUUUUUAAAUCCAAUGAAUCGGGUCGUUUCCUCCCGGCCAGGUAAGGACGCCUCCUUUUUUUAAUCCAAUGAAUCGGGUCGUUUCCU